AACGAAUCAUAUUUAUACGCACCCAGUCACGAGGUGAGUCAUUUCAGCUUGCGACCCAAUACUGUAGAGAGAUCGUAACUUCUACUACAGUUCGGAGCACUUCCAUUACAGUUUAUAUCCAAAUCUCCUUCGAAAUCAACCAACUAAUACAAAAUGCGUGAGUGUAUCUCUAUCCACGUUGGACAAGCCGGUGUGCAGAUUGGCAACGCCUGUUGGGAGUUGUACUGCCUCGAACACGGAAUUCAGCCCGAUGGCCAGAUGCCGAGCGACAAGACGAUCGGUGGCGGCGAUGACUCGUUCAACACUUUCUUUAGCGAGACCGGCGCUGGAAAGCACGUCCCCAGAGCUGUCUUUGUUGAUUUAGAGCCAACAGUAGUCGAUGAGGUUCGCACUGGAACCUACCGCCAGCUUUUCCACCCUGAGCAACUUAUCACUGGCAAAGAGGAUGCUGCUAACAACUACGCCCGUGGACACUACACUGUCGGAAAAGAGUUGAUCGAUCUGGUGCUUGACAGAAUCCGUAAACUGGCCGAUCAAUGUACUGGUCUUCAAGGUUUCUUGAUCUUCCAUUCUUUCGGUGGUGGCACGGGAUCUGGAUUCUCCUCACUGUUGAUGGAACGUCUGUCUGUUGACUACGGCAAGAAAUCCAAGCUGGAGUUUGCCAUCUACCCAGCUCCUCAGAUCUCCACCGCUGUGGUUGAGCCCUACAACUCCAUCCUGACCACCCACACAACCCUGGAGCACUCUGACUGUGCCUUCAUGGUAGACAACGAGGCCAUCUAUGACAUCUGCCGUCGCAACCUGGACAUAGAAAGACCCACCUACACCAACCUGAACCGCCUGAUUGGCCAGAUCGUGUCCUCCAUCACUGCCUCCCUGCGCUUUGAUGGUGCCCUGAAUGUGGAUCUGACUGAGUUCCAGACCAACUUGGUGCCCUACCCUCGUAUCCACUUCCCUCUAGCCACCUAUGCCCCAGUCAUCUCUGCUGAGAAGGCCUACCACGAGCAACUGAGUGUUGCUGAGAUCACCAAUGCCUGCUUUGAGCCCGCCAACCAGAUGGUGAAAUGUGACCCACGUCAUGGCAAGUACAUGGCCUGCUGUCUGCUUUACCGUGGUGAUGUUGUCCCCAAGGAUGUCAAUGCUGCCAUUGCCACCAUCAAGACCAAGAGAACCAUCCAGUUCGUUGACUGGUGCCCCACUGGAUUCAAGGUCGGCAUCAACUACCAGCCACCUACUGUUGUCCCUGGCGGUGACCUGGCCAAGGUGCAGCGUGCCGUGUGCAUGUUGAGUAACACCACAGCCAUCGCUGAGGCCUGGGCUCGUCUGGAUCACAAGUUUGAUCUGAUGUACGCCAAGCGUGCCUUUGUCCACUGGUAUGUGGGUGAGGGUAUGGAGGAAGGAGAGUUCUCAGAGGCUCGUGAGGAUCUGGCAGCUCUUGAGAAGGAUUACGAGGAGGUCGGUGUUGACAGUGUUGAGGAGGAGGGCGAAGAGGAGGGAGAGGAAUACUAAAUGAUGGACAUUAGUACAAAUGAGCAGUUUUAGUUUUCAGCUGUAAGCUGUACACAAAUGAAACAUGUUGUGUUCAGCUUACUAGUCAAGCGUUUGAUUUAGGCUAGACAUAACUAGAAUGUAAUGUCGGUUCUGCAUCAAUAAAUGACAAGUUCCUUAA